CCCAUAUACAAUUUACUUCUUGCUUAAGAUACCCCUUAGUUUACAUACAAACUUAAUCAUCGCACUUUUACGGACAUCAACAACCAAUUGAAUACAUACAUACCACAUACUACAAUCAACAAUCUUCUAAAUCACAAUCAUGGACAAGCUCAAGGCACUCCUCCACGGCACCACUCCGGAACACGAGAAGGAAGUCAAGGAAGAAAAGAAGGCCGAGAAAAUUGAGCAAAAGGAGGAGAAGAAGGCUGAAAAGCAUGGAGCUGCUCACUCGAACGCUGGUGAAGGAAGCCAUCUCGCAAAGGGUCCCCACUCUGAAACCCACCCACCCGCAGUCACCGAUGCCAGCCAUGCAACCCAUACCACCCACGCGAAUCCUACAUCGGCAGGUCUAAGCCAUACAUCAGGAGGACUUGCCCAAGACAACGUUCCUCACAGACCUAGAGACUCUGAAUUUGGUUCAACUGCCACUGGACCAAACACACAUGCUCAUGGCAUCGAUUCCGCAACUCGCACAAAUGAAGCCGGGCUUACAGGACACAACACUAGAGACCCUCUCUCAUCACACACUGCUGGUGUUCCAUCAAACACUACUUCUGGCUUGGGUGGUGUCACUAGCAUUCCUUCAGGAAACGGUUUAGAUACUCAUGGUAGAGAUAACAUCGGCAGUCACGGAAAUUCCCACCUUGGCAGAGAUGCAGCCAUUGGAAGUGGAGCAGUUGGUGCUGCAGGGUUAGCUGAACAUGAACACCGAAAGCAUGAAAAUACCAGUCUUGGAUCUCAUCCAACUCAUGGACAUGCUGAGGGCUCUCACGGAAUACAUAACUCGGCUGCAUUAAAUGCCGCUGACCCAAGAGUCGAUUCAGAUUUGGAUGGAAAUCGUCUUCCAAACAAGACUUCAUCUGGUUACGGCACUCAAGAUGCUUACGGUACAACCACAACUGGCUCCUCAGGACAUCACUUAGGUCGUGAUGCUGCCGCAAUUGGCACCGCAGGAGCUGUUGGAGAGGGCAUUCAUCAUCAUAACAACCAACACAGCCAAGGUGGUCUUCGAGGAACUACUGGACCUCAUACCACGGCGACUGCAAAUCUUCUGGAUCCUCAUUUGAGUGGUUCCGGAGUUCGUACUGAAGAUGCUCACACUCAUCACGGACAUGGCUCCAAAUCAGGCCUAGUUGAAGGUGGUGGCGCUGAAGAGGCCGACGGUGUUCAUGGUAGUAAGGGCACUUCUGCUGCUGCUGGCGUAAUUCCAGUUGGAGCAUAUGAAGCUGGCCAUGGACAUAACACCACUGCCGGACCACACACGUCCAACUUAGCCAAUAAAGCAGACCCACGAGUGGAUAGCGAUCUCUCAAAGCAACAGAACCACCAUUAUGGACGUGAUGCUGCUGUAGCUGGAGCUGUUGGUGGAGCUGCAUACGAAGCCAACAAGCAUCAUCAUAACUCCGCUAACACUACCGCUGGUCCCCACUCUUCAAACAUUGAGAAUAAGGUUGAUCCAAGAGUUGAUAGUGAUCGCUCAAGAGAGCAACAUCACUAUGGACGAGAUGCUGCUCUUGCUGGUGGAGCCGGUACUGCCGCAUAUGAGGCUGAUAAACAUCACCACAACACAGCACACACUACAGCUGGCCCCCAUUCCUCAAAUCUUGAGAACAAGGUUGAUCCAAGGGUCGAUAGUGAUCGCUCCAAGGAAGGUCAUCACUACGGUAGAGAUGCCGCCCUUGCAGGAGGCGCUGCGGGAACAGCUUACGAAGCCAAUAAACAUCACAACACUCACGGUCUUGACCAAAAGCCUGUCGGUAAAGAUCUUGGGGAUAAACUCCACGGCGCUGAGAGAAACCGUGGUGUCAACGGACCUACCGGAUUCCCUCAUGAGAGCGGACAUUCGGUAUCAGCUGGUCCGGUAGGAUCUGGUGUUCCAGGAGCUCCUCGUGGAAAUGUCCAAGUCUCUGACAACACCCACGGCCAUAAUCCAAACAUCGAGCCCCCAGUUCAUAACUCCACUGGACCUGAUCAUAUCUUCACUGCUCCAGUCAUGGAUGAUCCCGCGGCCAAUGCUGCUCUUCGAGAGGGAAAGAUUGACCAACAUGAACAUCGCCCUGGAGAUGAAGGAGUUAGAGGCGUUGGACGUGAUCACGGUGAAGAUCACAGCUUCUCUACCGGUGGCGGACAUGAGCACAGCAAAAGCAGAGGAUUAGAGAAUGAAGCUCACUCUUCCCCAUUGGGCAACACUUCUUCAGGCUCUGGGUUGAAGCACGAUAAUCUAGCUGGUCAUAAUACCACUUCUACUGGUACCACAGGUUUGAGCCACGGCUCUGGGCUCACUGGUCACAACACUACUUCUACUGGUACCACAGGUUUGAGCCACGGCUCUGGGCUCACUAGUCACAACACUACUUCUACUGGCGCUACAGGCUUGAGCCAUGGCUCCGGUCUUCACGGUUCCGGCUUGACUGGUUACAGCACCGGUUCUUCGGGUAACAACGUUACUGGUUUGAAGCAUGACGUUGGUUUGCCUGGAAACAACAAUACUUCCACUGGUACUACAGGCUUAAGCCAUGGUUCAGGUCUCACUGGACAUAACACAACCUCCUCUGGUCUCAACCAUGAUUCUGGCUUGACCGGAUCAACUGGUACCCAUGGCCUCUCGGGCGAAAACAGAUUGGGAGAGACUUCUGAGUUUGGAAACACCACCAACAAUCGAGUUUUGUAAAUGGAAUCGACAGGCAGGCGAACGGUCGAUUGAAUGAUAUUAUUCAUGUGAUUUAUGAUUAUUAUGAUGAUUUAAUGGUUUCUUACAUUGUCUUAUGCGGGCUUAAGGCUUUCAUGUAUAUUAGUUAGGUUUAUUUAUUUAUGGAAGGGAAUCGAAUGAAUAUGAUGAUAUUUACAAAAUCA